AGGCGGAGAGCGAGAAAUCAGCUACAUGCUGUGGAGAUGACAUAAAGUUAAGAGAAGAGAAAGACCACUGUAGUGCCAAUUUUUUGGAGUCCGCUAGUAGUUGCACAACAGAACAAGACAAAAUGGAAAUCGAAGCCCUUGUUUCGGAACAUAGAGACAUAGAGACAUGUGCAACAGACAAUCAAAGUCACUUACUUUCAACUAUUGCCAGUCACAAUGGAUUGAAAGACCGACACGAGUCUUUGGACAGUGAGGUUGCUAAAGAGAUCAGAUAUCUUGAUGAGGUGCUAGAAGCAAAUUGUUGUGAUUCUGCUCCUGAUAACCCCUUUAAUGGGAUGACUUCUUCUUCUCCUGAGAGAAGUGUGCCUGUUGUUGUGGGUGGUUCUAGUCCAUCUGUUCAUAUUACCAAUGAUUUCUCAGUACUCAGUGAGCAUAAUGGCGUUAAAGUCGGAGGACAAACACCUCCAGCCCUUGAGCACAGUGGAAUUAAUACAGCAUCUGGGAAGCUAAAACCAAAUGGCCAUUUUGUAGAGGUAUUGCAAGAGGAGCCCUGUGACACUUUGAAAGUGCCAGUCAGUCCAUGCUCUUCCACAAGCUCAAGGUCUUCCAAGGAUGGAGAGUUAACAUUAGCUACCAUUAAGAAAGAAGCCAAGUUUGAGCUGAGAGCAUUUCAGGAAGACAAAAAGCCAUGUAAACUUUUUGAGGAAGAGGAUCCAAGAGAGAAUUACAGAGUGCGUAAAGUGAGGCCUUCUGAUGAAAUAAUAGAACUGGAAAAGGAGAGACGAGAGCUCAUCAGAAGCCAGGCUGUCAAGAAAAAUCCAGAAAUAGCUGCAAAGUGGUGGAAUCCACCCCAGGAGAAAACAUUAGAGGAACAGCUGGAUGAAGAACACUUGGAGUCUCACAAGAAGUACAAAGAACGCAAACAGAAGCAACAGCAACAGCCACCAUCAAUGCCUGUAAAGCAUGCCUCCUAUUCCUGUGCACCAGCAGAUUCAGCCCAUAAAAAUCAAAAAGUUGAUAUUGUCACAGAACAAAUAGAUUUUUCAGCUGCUCGGAAACAAUUCCAGUUAAUGGAAAAUUCAGAUCAGCAAAAUCAUCCAGCUGCACUGAAGCGAACAGGGACCCCUAAAAUGUUCACUAUCCAGCCAUUCUAUAAACCAAUAGGUCCAUCCCAAAUGGACCGGCGAACAAUCUCUGUUACAAAACCUGUGACUGUAUAUGGACAAGCUAGUAAUAAUGAUGUAGCUACUACAAAUACUGAGAAGCUGACCUGCAUCUCAGAUGAUGACAGCAUUAGUCAGAAUCUCUCUGAUGGUCCUACAGGACUGACUCCUUAUGGCGACUCUAGAAAGUGUGUUCAGGCCAUCAAGAUAUGGUCAGAUGAUGAUGAAUUCACAAGUGCCAAAGCAGUCCUUACAGUGGUAAAGGAUGAUGAACACAGUGUAUUAGAUCAGUUCUCAAAAUCAAUCAGUAUUUCUUCUCCUCCAGAAGAACUAGACUCUGGUUUAGAUGAACUAUCUGUCAGAUCACAGGAUACAACUGUUUUGGAAACUCUUUCCAAUGACUUUAGCAUGGACAAUAUCAGCGACAGUGGUGCCUCUAAUGAAACAAUGAAUCCCCUUCAGGAAAAUUCCCUUACUGAUUUCUCCUUGCCCCAGACUCCACAAGCUAACACACCUGAGUGUCGAGAUCUUCCAAAGUCACUCAGUGACCAUGGCUUUUAUUCCCCUUCUUCACCACUAGUCAACUCUGUGCUCACUGAAGAGCAGUUGGAAUAUCAGGCUGAUCUCCUGGUUCAAAAUGCUAUUCAACAAGCCAUUGCUGAGCAGGCUAAUAAAAUGAAUCAUCAGCAAGCAAAUGUUAUCCUGGGCCAAACUAAUGGGCAGGAACAAGAGGAGCUGGACAGGGCACCAUAUUCUGAGAACCAACAUGGUUCAACGUUUCAGCCACCUCAAGUGUCAUCUCCUAUGCAAGAGAAACGUGAUACAGCACCAAAGAUACCUUCAGCUCAAGAUUCUGCACUCAGGGAAAAGCAACCAUCUCCUGUUGCUUAUACCACCCAAGUGGAAGAAAUCAAGCCAGAAGUCAGCUAUUUUAGCAAAUAUUCAGAAGCAGCUGAGCUUAGAAGCACAGCUUCCAUUCUGGCUAUGCAAGAAACAGAGGUGGCAGUAGGGCCUUUUAAAUUAAGAUCAAAAAAGCAGAGGACUUUGUCCAUGAUAGAAGAAGAAAUACGUGCAGCCCAACAGAGAGAGGAGGAACUAAAAAGACAAAGACAAGAUACGCAGCUAACGCCGAACCCUGUCAUAAAGAGUGCGCCUCCACCAUCCACCCGAACCGCAUCUUACAAAACGGCACCAGGUAAAAUAGAGAAGAUCAAACCACCUCCAUCUCCAACUGGUGAAGGUCCCCCCUCGCAUCCCAGCUCCGCAUCAGAUGACACUGGAGGAUCCCAAAGAGCCAAGAACCUGAUGCAGACGCUUAUGGAAGACUAUGAAAGUCACAAAACCAAAAGGCGGGAGAGGAUGGAUGAGAACAGUGUCCUUGAGGCUACUAGAGUUAAUCGUCGGAAGAGUGCGCUAGCACUGCGGUGGGAAGCUGGUAUAUAUGCUAACCGGGAAGAAAAUGAAUAGACUUUUUUGGCAAAACCUCAGAACU